UUAUCACACAACCAAGAAGUAGGACGAGUUGCAUCCAAGCGCUACUGUCAUUUGCAGACGGAGUACAGCUCUCGCCGCUUUUGUUCAGCUAUCGCGCCCCGUGCUGCUAGCUAGUCAACAAUGGUUUCUAUCAUUUCAGACCUGGACCCACUGAAAAACUGGAACGUGUUAAGGCAGGAGGCCAGUGACCUCUCUGGACCCAUACAGAGUAACGGCACGGCCGGGAAGAUGAACGGUGCGUUGGAGCAUUCGGACCAGCCCGACCCAGACGCCAUCAAGAUGUUCGUGGGCCAGAUCCCUCGCUCCUGGUCAGAGAAGGAGCUGAAGGAGCUGUUUGAGCCCUACGGCGCCGUCUAUCAGAUCAACAUCCUCCGAGACCGCAGCCAGAACCCUCCACAGAGCAAAGGGUGCUGUUUUGUCACGUUUUACACACGGAAAGCUGCCCUUGAAGCCCAGAAUGCACUGCAUAACAUAAAGACCUUAACAGGGAUGCACCAUCCCAUUCAGAUGAAGCCUGCAGACAGUGAGAAAUCAAACGCGGUGGAGGACAGGAAGCUGUUCAUCGGCAUGGUGUCGAAGAAGUGCAAUGAGAACGACAUCCGAGUCAUGUUCUCUGCGUUCGGACAGAUCGAGGAGUGCCGGAUCCUGCGAGGGCCCGACGGACUCAGCAGAGGCCUCAGCCAGCGGGAAGCCAACGUUAAGGGAUGUGCGUUUAUCACCUUUUCUACAAGGGCUAUGGCACAGAAUGCAAUCAAAGCCAUGCACCAGUCUCAGACUAUGGAGGGCUGCUCGUCUCCCAUCGUGGUGAAGUUUGCCGACACGCAGAAGGACAAGGAGCAGCGGCGCCUGCAGCAGCAGCUGGCUCAGCAGAUGCAGCAGCUCAACAACGCCACCACCUGGGGGAGUCUGACAGGGCUGGGCGGCCUCACCCCGCAGUAUCUGGCUGUAAGAGGACACGCCGCGUCGCCCACCCCUUACUGCAGCCCCGCAGCCAACGCAUCCGUCGCCGCCGCAUUGCUCCAGCAGGCCACCUCCUCCAGUAACCUUGGAGCCUUCAGUGGGAUCCAACAGAUGGCAGCGGGCACCGCAGCCAACUCCUCGGGCAUGAACUCUCUGACCUCUCUGGGCACUCUGCAGGGCCUGGCUGGCGCCACCAUGGGUCUGAACAACAUUAAUGCACUAGCAGGUAGCGUCAACAGUAUGGCGGCCCUGAACGGAGGCCUGGGCGGCGCGGGGCUGACCAACGGCACGGCGGGCACCAUGGACGCGCUCACACAGGCCUACUCAGGGAUACAGCAGUAUGCAGCCGCAGCCCUGCCCACCCUCUACAGCCAGUCCCUGCUGCAGCAGCAAGGUGCCGCCGGCAGCCAGAAAGAGGGGCCUGAAGGUGCCAACCUGUUCAUCUACCACCUGCCCCAGGAGUUUGGGGACCAGGACAUCCUGCAGAUGUUCAUGCCUUUUGGAAAUGUGGUCUCUGCCAAAGUCUUCAUUGACAAACAGACAAACCUGAGCAAGUGCUUCGGCUUCGUCAGCUAUGACAAUCCCGUGUCGGCGCAGGCAGCCAUCCAGGCCAUGAAUGGCUUCCAGAUCGGCAUGAAGAGGCUGAAGGUGCAGCUCAAGCGCUCCAAGAACGACAGCAAACCAUACUGAUCUUAGCACUAGGGCCUAUCUGCUCCCAUGUUACCACUGCUAGGAACCCAUCUCCAUGCCUGUUAGCUCAUCGUUUGCCUAGCAUGUCUCUGUGGCGUGGCGUCCAAAACCCAAAAAAUACAAAGUCUCAUCGUCCCGUCAUUGUUUUCUGAUGUCUUUUCUGAGCUCACCUGAUCAUAACCUGGUCUCCGCCUACUGACCUUUUGAACUUAGCGUGACCUUUUUGGACUUUUUUGCAUGUGACCUCAUUUUGUUCUAUUUUGGGGAGGUGGGGUAAAUGGGGUACAUUGUGCAUGAAGGAGGGAGGGAGGGGGAGGGGGGGAGCGAAUCAAUGUGAAGAAGUAUAGCAUAAUUCAUACAAAAAGACUGAACUCUUACAGACAAAAACAAAACAUUUCUUUUUAAAAACAGAACAACCCCGUGGCAAAAUUAUUUCCAUUAGGUUUAUUUAGUUAUGUUUAGUUUCCUUCUUUUAUGUUGGGUUUCAUUUUUUGUUCCUUUUUUCAUUUAAAGUAAACUUGAAAGUUCAGCACAGGGAUUGGCAUGCUGUCUUGUUUCUGGUUCCACUGGCAAUAUGAGGCCAGAAGCAGACACUGUCGGUGUCCAUGAAAAAUAGACUACUUCCAAACAGUUCUGAAUAAAAACUGUCUGAUCAAUAUUAGACUCUCUCAGAGCUCUGUAAUUGUUUUUACAUUUUUCAGGCAGUGUAAAGUUUUUUGAUAAGGCCAUUUUAAGUGGCUCUGUUUCUCAUUAAAGUAUAUAUAGAACCACUUUUUUCUAGAGUAGUUUAAGGUAUUACAAAAAUGUCAACAAAAAAAGACUUGCCCUGUUUGGGGGGAGAAAUGCUACCUACGUGUUACUUUUUGCUGAACUGACUCACAGACAAUCCGUGGUUUAAAUGCACAUGAUAAAGAAAUGACCUAUAUUUUCUACUGUUUAAAUUAUAGAGCGAAAAAAAAAAAAAAGAAAAUGCCUGUAACCCGCGUUAACGUUGGUGCUUCUUGUGAGUUUAGUUUUGGUUUCAUUACAAGUCUAACGGUCUUAAGUGUCUCAUGUUUUAAAAGAGAAGACUAAAAAAAAUCUGUUUACUUGAACAAUAGACAAAGCCUUUCAUAUGAAUACUAUUAUAAUUGUUCAUUUUGUCUUUUUUUUUAAGCAGUCCCAAUUUGCAAAAUUUCUUGUUGGGUAAUUAGCUAUAUAAAAUUCCUAAAAAAAUAUAUAUAUGAAUAUAUAAAUAUAUAUAUAUAACAUGUCGGCUUGUGAAGCAUCAAUGUUAAUAUAAUUUAAUUUCUAUCGUGGGAAACAAUAUUUAGAUGUGUUUUGUUGUUCAUUAUAAUGUCAUUUUCUUUUCUUAUAAAGAAAAAAAGACAAGAUCGGUGGAGUUUAGUGCCAAAACCUGAAGGUACAUCCUGUCUAUAGCGCGUCAGUGUAUUUCUUGUGAAAUUAUUUGAUAACGUGGGUAUUUUAUUAAGUGUUUUGUAUGGAUCCCUCAUAUGUAAAAAUAUAGAUUUAAAAAAGAGUUUGUUAACUUGCUAUUCUGUGGUCUUGUUGCCUGAAACUGUUAAUGUUUUGCUUUUUUUUUGUAAAGAUGUAAAAAGUGCCCAUGUGUCAUAUAUAUUAUAUAUAUAUAUAUAUAUACACACACACACCCACUCGCACGUACACACACUCAAGCAGACCUCACAGUUGACUUUACUUUGUUGUUGUGUAUGAGAGCCCCUGAGUGUGUACGCCUCUACAGGCCAGUUUCCAUGUUCCUGCCCACCAGUCUUUACAUUACUGUUCACACGCUCUCUCUAUCAACACGUCACUCACACACACAGUUCUCACAUGAGCCAUUAUACAGAGAAUUCUGCAAAGCCUUAUCACAAGCCUUUACAUUAACACUCACAUUCUCGCCAAACGCUCUCGCUUCAUCCUUUCGCUUUGACAAAUGUCAAACCUUAUAUUAAGCUUCAUCUCUAUCAUUUGAACCUAAAUCAAGGACAAGUGUUUAGUUGAAGUUGCAACAGACUGGGAAGGGGCAUCAUUAUUUGCUGGUAUGUAUGUGUCACCUCAAACAACAUGAAUGCGUUGCUUUCAUGAGGUAAGUGAAGGGCAAGACUUUCCCACACAAGCCUCAAACCCUCCCCAGACCCAGACAAAACAACAUUGAUAGUAGAGAAUGAUUUUCAGCUGUUUGGUUUUGUUGUUUCUUCAGUUGACAGUUUCUUAUGGACAUGUACCAGUAUUGGUAAUUACACCAUUAUUACAGAAAUAUGUUUGCCCUGUUGUAAAUGUUGUGUAAUGUAGUGUAACUGGCCUUAACAGUGUUGAGAUGCCAAAGUAUUACGUCAUGAUUCUCAUAGUCAAUCCGUUUACAUGACACAAUGCUGUCUGUCCGUCAGUCUCAGUAUUCUGUAAAACUGCCCCGAUUCCCUUCCCUGGAAACCUAGUUUACGGUCUGCAAAACGCAGCACUAUUUUAUACAAAAACUCACCAGUCGCCUUAACCAGGGAGUGUUGUAUCGAAAGACUUGUCUAAUCGGAUCUAAAAUCUGUAUGUAAGUAGGUGGUGUUUGCCAAGUCUAAGUGUACUGUAUUGUACUGUACCUCCAGCUUCUCCAACUCUGGGUAAGCGUGUCACCAUUUUGUCCCACAACGCAGAGUAGAGAGGCAAAAUGGCCACCUUCUUCUUUAAGUGUGGCUCUCAAACUGACAACCAAGGGAAAAUAAGUUACUGUUAUCUGUUCCAUCGUCUUUUUACAGAAUAACAAGGUUUAUUUGAAAUACCGAGCCAAAUGGAGGAGGGUUUGUAAAGUGCAGACAGGGGAAAUAAAAUGAGAUGAAAGGGUAGCGAUCUUGUUCAGUUCUUAGACAGCAAAACAACUGUCUCGGCCAAGAGGCAGAGCCUUUACCAUGUCAAAUGACCAAGUCAAUGCCAAACUUCAGUUGAGUCCAUAGCAUAUCAAAUUGACAUUUCCUAAAGCAGUAAACAUGAGUAAUGCCAUACAAACCGCUCUAACUACCUGCAUAAAAGUAAUCAGGAUUGCCAAUAUGUCAUACGACACAUAUAUCAGUGUUAAUAGAUCAUUUUGUCAUUAACGUGCGCUGAUCGUAGUCUACUUAUAAGACAGCUGCCCUAUUAGGCCUCAGACCCUUCAGGAAUCCUCUCUAUGAGGAACGUCUUUGCACUCUAAAUACAUUAGGUUACAUAAACAGACAACAGAGUUACAUCAACUCACGGUGCAGCAUAACGGGUUGCAGGCGUAGAGGCUUUGGUUUCUCUGCUUGUUUUCGGUUCAUCCCUUUGCCAACUACUUAUACUUUGGGAGAUGUGUGUGUUUUUACAGAACUUAAGCAUCCCCCAAUUCCCAAAUCGCUCGCUCACACACACACACACACACACACACACACACACACACACACACACACACACACACACACACACACACACACACACACACACACCACGGGUUGGCACAGUGUAGUCUGAUUGAAGUUGCAGUCUGUUAGAUGUUUCUGAAAAAGCACAAGAGUGUCCUCCGCAGACAGACCGUUAGACAGGAAUGUCUGUUGAGUGCCUCACAUCUCAGGGGCUGUCAUCACCGAUGCUUGUUGUAAUCUUUCAAUCUUGUCACUGUUCCGUUCUCUGUUCUCUUUUUUUUUAGUUAUUAUUAUCUAAAGUGCUAUAUCAAACAAUGACAUUUUAAAGGAAAAAAACAACUUGUAGUUUCUUUGCAUUUUGGCUUAUUAUGUCUAGUUUUGGGGGGUAAUGUUUGUUUUCUCUCUCUUUCUGUGCCGUAAAGAGCUUGUUGUCUGUAGAUUAAUAUCAUUUUGUUUGAUUCUAAAGGAUUUCAAUAGUUUUAAGUAUUGUCUUGAGAGAAGCCAAAGUCAAUGCAUUUCAGUGGAUUCUGUAAGCGUAUUGUAUGUUUGUUUGACAACACUUCGAAAUCUGUCAUUGGAUGGGAUUGAAAAAGUACAAAAAAUGCAGGCUUUCCUAUUUCUACAAAUGAUUGUACUUAUGCAUUUUGUACCAGUGAAACUUUUUAUACUGGAGAUUAAAGGAAACAAAAAAAACUAUUAGAAAACAAACCUGUCUGGCCUCAUGAUGUGGCCUGACCUUUGUUGACUGGUUCCCGAGUAUGAUUUAUAGCUGGCAUCAAGAACGUUGUCUUUUAAUAUACGAUUUUCUAGAAGAACUUUGGCUUGGUUUCUUUAAUUAAUUAACUUACUUCAGUGUUGUUCUUUUCGCAAAGAGGAGUUAGGCGAGUGUUGAUUUCUUUUUGGCUUAUAAAUAGUAAUAGCCGUUUGUCUAUACAAAAAAAAACCCGGUAAGUUUCAUUUAACUUCUGUAUUGUGACGUCUACAUGAUAAAACAAUUAGGAAUAUAAAUAUUUAGUCACCUCCAGUGGAUUAAUGUAUUAGUUUAAUAAAAAAAGAUGCUAAUUAGAGUUUUUUGCUUUUAACUGUUUAGAUUUUUCUGGUUUCUCUGUCCUCUGUGAACUAACUGUGUAGCUGCAGCAGUCAGAAUUAUUUUUGUAAACGUAUGUUCUUGUGUGAUGCAGUUACUUGCUUCUGUCUCCGAUAUUAAACCAUUUUUCCUAA